GUUGCUGUCCUUCCCAGUCGGUUACUCGCUUUCUCCCUCGUUGCACUUAGGGUUCUUGGUUUGAAAAUUCUCGCGCCGAAGGCUCAACCAGCCCAAUCAGCUCGUCACCACCUGUGCCCUCCUCCUGUGAUGGCAAAACCAGGUUACUGAGACAGUACAGCUCCCUCUAGCAAACCUAGGGCCGUGUACAUAGUGCCCGUCCACCUUUCUGAUGGCGUCUGCCUCCGCGCACAAAGAUGAGAUGGGCAUUGCUGCCUACACCGACGGCCUGGAGGCCCGCGCAUCUGCACCUUUGUACCUGACGCACCGCCAGUCAGCGCCGACCCAACUCCACCACUACGCACGCCUCGCGGCGGGUGCGCCGCAGCGAGAAGUUAUCGGUCCCUUGAGGAUGAGUCUAGCUCUGCUCGCUAGAAAGACCCCUCCCCUCGAGGUGGGUCAUGCCUAAGCAAAAUUGUAUGGUAGUUCUGUGUCCUACUUUAUUUGUUCCACAGAGCGAACGAAACACGCUUUCCAGCUCGUGGAGGUGAGGAUAAUAAGCGCUUCUGGGCUUGCUAUGCGUAACCUUUUUGGUCGGGAGAAACGUACAUGUGAUUUGGUUUGAAAACUUACUAGCAUCAAGAUCGUUGUCUUCCCAUUAAAAACCGUUCCGAUCUCUCUCCACCCAGUAGCUUCGUAUGUCCGUACUGAUCCAAAUUUGUUAUGCUCAUGAAUCUGGAAUUAUUAUUAUUUUGAAGUCAUGGAACCCCACGACUUCAUCACGCAACCCGGGUUUACCAUACACCAAGUCUUCCCCGGGUUCCUCCUUCACAUCCCACCCACAAACGUAGACCCAAGCAGGCUGUCACACCUCCACUUGCUACCCCACCUUAACAGCCUGCUCUUCCAAGUCACCUGCCUCCGUCUUCUUCCUACUCUCACUUAAUUCCACCUUUACCACACCUCUCCCCCCCCCAUUCCCCCCAUCCCCCACUCUCAAAUACAUCCCUUCUCCCCCAUCCCCCACCUUCCCAUCCAACCUGCAGAAAGACCACUUAAUCGUACCCCUGACACAACAAGGCGUACGACCGCCCAACCCAAACAAACCAUAAUAAACACGAGACAGACAGAACAGAGAUAAUCCACUCCCGGAACACUACCUCGCACCCAGCCGGCCUCCCUGCCACCGCGUUUUUUGCCCGGGCUGAAUCCCCUUCCCAGCAGCGUCAGAUGCCAGCGCGAAAGACGCCUUCUGAACGUCAUCCAUAUUGGCCCGCAAAUACGAUUGAAACGCGCUUGAUUUCCACCUCCCUUGCUGUUGAAUAGCCCACGGCGACAACCCCAUCGCCCCUAACCGAGUCGCGCCACCUAUCCUCCCGGAAUGCGGCGCAUACUCCUCCGGCUUCAAACCUUGACCAGCCACGAGGUCGCGUAGCGCCGACGAGGAUUGAGCACACGUCCAAACCUUCCACACCUGACCAGAAGGGUACGCGGUAAUCGGUGCCAUCGCAUCGAGUUGCGGAAAACAGCACAUCAAUUCCAGCAACACUUCGAACCCGCCGACUCCAACCAUACCCCUCGGUACCUCACCGGUGCCAUUCCACUCCCAGUCAAACGCCGCCAACCCCGGACACGUCUUCACCCGCGACACCACGGCUUCGUCGUGGUUGCUUUUUGACGCUUCAAACAGUACCUCCACUCUAUCCGCACAACGCCACAGUGCCGGUGUCAGUAGCUGUUGCUCCCCUUUCCAAAACGCCACAUUGCCUCGCGUAAUCCCGAACUCCUUGUGAAUCUUACCGUUACCGUACGCGAAGAUUUCCGAAGGACGGCACAUGAAAAAGUAGGACACCGCAAGGCCGAGCCACAACACCCGUCCCCCUUCCCCCCAGGCCGCCGCCGUGCGAAUGCCGCUCCGAAGAAUAGUCCAUGAGAUGGGGCGUCUCAUUCGACUCUCGGUAUGCAGCGUGCUCUCUCUCGCCAAACCCGCUUUGACCGCCCGAAAAAAGUGAUGUUUCAUGGGGAGGUCCACCCCGAUGCGUUUGUGAUAGUAUUUCACCGCCACUAACUUCCCCGCAAUCGUGGACAUUUUGUUGCCCCGACAGAAAAACAGGUACGCCAUGUACUUCGCCAACUCGCGUGCCAAUACUUCCUCCCCCCUCGCCUCGUCCAGGUAGACACUCUUACGCACCGCGACCGUUCGCCAUUCUACCCAAAGCUUCCAAGCCGCUGCAUAAGUGGCGUGAGUCGACGGAGCAACUCCGACCGUCGAGAGUAAGACCGCAAGAUCUCCGAACAUGCCAUCCCACCUGCCUUCCCCAAACUGACCUCCUGCCAACACGCACGCGAGAGAGGAGACAGCUCAGUUAGUCGGCGAGGAAUAUCCGCGCGUGUCCACCGUGAAAUGCCAUCCGCCAACACAUUCUCGACUCCAGGGAUAUGUGCCGCUUCGAAACACCACCCUCCUGUCAUCUCCAACACGCCCAGCCAUCUCAUAAUGAAUGCUGCACGUGGCUCCCGAGUGCCCCCGCACUUGUUAACCCAUGUCACGGCAGAGGUAUUAUCACCACUAAAAAGAACAGGUUCCCCAGUGACAACCGGCCGGUCAUUAAGUACGACAAUCAUCACGUACGCAUUGAUAACCAUAGCCAACGCUUCCAACAGAUUGAUGGACAGCAUGUUCUGCCGCCCGCAAGAAGCCGUAUCGGAGGAACGACGUUUCUCCUCUGGAGACAAAUCGUAUCGCCACCACACACCCCGUUCGCUGCAGUAGCCCCCAAUAGCGUCAAGCGUAGCAUCGGAAAACCAAUGCCGCGUCGGUUCCCAUUGCACGUGAUCGUAAAACGGGGAAUAUAGAGAGACGCCGUCCGCCAGUAAGCUUUGGCUUACGGCCCACCGCCACCACUCCAAAUCCGCGUGAAACUCCUCACCCAAACUCACUGUGGAUUUUUCAUAACCGUCGACACGUGUUGAUCGUUGUCUGCAAGCCCUGUGACAAACCCAAGCCGCCACACGAAAUACUUUCCUGCCCGUACGACGGAGGUAAGAUGUCGUAACUUGCCAGUCAAACUCCACACGUCAUUUGCU